UUCGCGAGGCGAGGCUUCGCGCGUGCACGCCACGAAAACCACCGUUCUUAUCCAGCUGGAAGAAUAAAAACAGGGCCGCCAUCCCAUUUCUUUUCCUGCGAUCGAUCAUGAGCAUCGAGGGUAAAAUCGCGAUCGUAACCGGUGGAGCGAACGGGAUUGGCUUCUGCACAGCUCGUAAGCUGCUUCGAAAUGGGGCGAAGGCGGUGGCUCUGUUGGAUUUAAGCGAUUCUGGUGGCGAGAGCGCAGCCGCAGAUUUGAACAAUGAGUUUGGAAAAGAGAGAGCUAUUUUUAUUGCCUGUGAUGUGUCAAAGAACGAGGAAUUUCAAGAAUCGUUCAAGAAAGUUAUUGAUACGUAUGAAACUUUAAACAUUCUCGUAAACAUCGCGGGUAUUAUGGACGAUGCAGAUUGGGAAAUUAUGGUCGAUGUUAACUACAAAGGUAUCGUUUAUGGGACUAUCUUAGGCUUGCACACAAUGGGAAAGUAUAAGGGUGGCAACGGUGGUAUUAUCGUGAACAUGUCCUCUGUAGCUGGUCUCGAAGGUAUCCCUAUAGCGCCUAUUUAUGGGGGAACACAGUACGCCAUUGUUGGAUUCACUCAAUCGUUGAAGCAUUAUUACGAAAAAACUGGCAUCCGCAUGUUGACGAUAUGUCCUGGAUUGACAACCACAGCUAUGGCUGCCAGAUUCAUGUCCACCAAAGAACAUGCUAUGGAUCUUCUCGACGAAGAAACAGCGGCUAUGGCGAUGGUCACUAUGCAAAAACAACCGCCGGAACAUGUGGCAAGUGCUAUUAUCCAGUUAAUCGAACAGGGGGCAAAUGGCGCAAUAUUCGUUAUCGAAAAUAAUCAACCUCCCUAUGCGGUCGAAUUCCCUAGUUAUACCGCUUUAAAAUAUACUAAACUUCAAGUUAUAAAUUCAAACUUGAUCAUGACAGACAAUAUCAAGAAUAAAACAGCUUUGAUCACCGGUGGAACUCUUGGACUUGGUUUAAUCUAUGCUAAAAGAUUGUUAGAAAAUGGAGCAAAGUGCGUUGCUCUUCUCGAUUUGAGCUCUUCUCCUGGUCAACAAUCAGUAAAUAAUUUGGAAAAAGAAUUUGGAAAGGGCAAGGCGGUAUUCUAUGUUUGCGACGUCACCAAGAUUAACGAAUUCGAAGCGGUGUUUAAAAAAGCUGCGAGCGAUUUGAAUGGCUUAGAUAUUGUCAUUAACAAUGCUGGUAUAUACUAUGACAAAAAAUGGGAGCAAACUAUGCUUAUAAAUGUCGGUGGUGUAAUCCAAGGAUCAUUGCUCGCUUUUGAUCAUAUGAGCAAGCUCAAGGGUGGCAAAGGUGGCACCCUAGUAAAUAUUGCGUCGAUCGUGGCUCUAGAUAUCUUUUACAGCAAUCCUAUUUAUUGUGCUAGCAAACAUUAUGUAUUGGCAUUGAGUCGUUGCUUGGCGAGAUACUACAAUACUACUGGAAUUCGCAUUCUCAUAAUGUGCCCUGGUGUCACAACUACGACUUUACUUGACGAUCCUGUUUCUAAAUCCUUAAAUUUUGUCGCGCAAAAUGAUGUUUAUGACUGCUUGGGAAAAGAGAUCCCGCAAACGCCAGAACAUGUUGGAGAUGCCAUGGUAAAGCUUAUCGAAAAAGGCAAAAAUGAAGCUGUAUGGGUUUGUAAAGAUGGUAAACAACCCUAUGCUGUUGAAUUCUCUCCAUUGAAGAAAAUAGAACUUCAAUUAUAAAAGGUCUCCUUAAAAGCAUGGUUAUAGUAAAAAGAAAAUUAUUUUACGUAGAAUAAAAAAUGUUAUAGAUAUAAUUAUUAAUUGUUAAUCACUUUGUAUUAUUGUUUUUUAUUAAAAUAAAUUUUGUUAUCAACUGUCUC